CUGUCUAUCUAGUGUAAAGGUACAACGGCAGAGCCGUUUGGUUUUUAUGUAUCGCAAUUACACAACUUUAUACCCCAUCAUGAACAUAACAAAAAGUAUACUUUCACUUUCGAAUGCGCGCAGGGAUGAAAGGCGCUGGACGCCCUGAUGAUGUCUCAUUAUGGAGGAGGUUAAUGAUGAGGCGGACGUCCUCUCAGUGCUGAGCCAAGUAGCAUCGGAGCUGGUUGAGGUGCUAGUCGGCCAACCGGAUGAUGUUCAGACCUGCCUCCUCAGACACAUGCAGCAUGUUCCCAGACCCGCCCAGACCGGGGACCAAAGAGAUUGCAUGCUGCAGCUGGUGGAUCACUUCAGAAAUGCACAGCCUGCUGAGUGCCGACGAUUCAUCCACACCAUUACUAUGGUGUGUGACAACCUGCCCAUGGCUCUGGAGUCACAGCUUUUGUCAGCAGCUGGAUGUGAUGACCCUCACCUUGCUCCUCCCCAGAAAUCCAAAAUGCCAGAAUACAGAAAUCAACAACCUGCUGAUGAUUGUCCAACGCCUUUGAAACAGAAACGAAAAUGGAAAGACUCGCUAGAGACGUACCACACAUCCAUUAAGAAGGCCCUGCUGCAGCAAUACGAGCAGGUGAUGCAGGGUGUAGUCCGGAACGUUCAGCUGGAACAGAUACGAGUCAGCCUACGCAGAAGCCCGGGCCGGUCCAAGGAGGCUGAAGAGGGAGCCACAGAAAGCAUAGUCCCAGUCGAGUCUUUCUUCACCGCACAGCCAGGGGUCACGGUGCUGCUUGGCCCUGCUGGCUCAGGGAAGACGCUGGUGACACACUAUGCGGCCCGGCGAUGGGUGAACAGCAACCUGCCAAAAUCUGUCCAUUUGCUCUUCUUCUUUGAGUUCCGCCAGCUCAACAUGCUCCCAGACACUUUGUCGCUUAGUGACCUGCUAUUCCACUUCUUCCUCUCACCUGACCAAGAGGACAGUGAGAAUAUCCUGGCCUUUGUACUUGAAAACCCCAAGCAAGUGUGGUUAAUCUUUGAUGGUUAUGAUGAAUUCCGCUCCAGAUUCACCCCCCCAGCGAGGCCCAGUGACCCCUUCGACCCCCAGCAACAUCUCACAGUGUCGGAGCUCUUUUCUGGUCUGUGCAGUGGCAGGAUACUCCCAGGCUCUUCAAUAAUGGUCACUUGUAGGGCUCGGGACAUGUUGGACCUGCCCGAUAAUGACCUGAGCCAGGUGGGCGAGUUGCUAGGCUUUGACCAGCAGCGUGUUAGGGAGUACGCUGAGCAUUACUUCCAGGGGAAAACUCACCGUGAACACGCAGUAAACGUCCUGUUGAAAAGUCGCCACCUACUUUCCAUGAGCAGUAUUCCAGCUCUUUGCUUCAUGUGUUGCGUCUGUUUGGACCACCUGUUUUCUGACAAGCCCCACAAGCCCAACUUACCUGAGACUGUCACUCAGGUGUAUAUCCAGAUCCUGAAUGCUUUCAUUAGUCGCUGUCCAGGCAGCAUGUUGACAGGAAGCUCUGUGCCCCCGCUACAGAGCCAUAAGGUGGAGGUGCAAGAGCUGAGUCGGUUGGCACUGCAGGGGCUGGAUGAGCACCGCGUUGUGUUCUGGAAAAGUGAUAUCCCACAGAACAUCCUGGACUUUGCAAUGGCAGCCGGGCUCCUGUCUCCACUGAAGCUAAGGCAGGGUGAUGGAUCAUGGCGUGAGGGAUGCGCUUUUGUGCACCUGACGAUGCAAGAGUUUCUGGGUGCACUGCACCUGAUGACCAGUGAUGACACAAUUGAGACAGACUUGAGGAAAAGGCUCAACCUCAAGACCCGCUGGACUGCCAGAACCCAGCCCAAAACAGUAUUUACUGAUUCCCUCCAACUGUUUUUGUGUGGAUUGACCUCUUCAGCCUGCUGCCCAUAUUUGCUCCAGCUGGUUAGGGGUUCCAGAGCCCAGAGCUGCAUGCAUCACCGGCAAGCUGUGGUGUUGAAGGUUCUCCAGAGUUUGGCAAACAGCGCCAGCCUGACCGGUCCCAAAGCACUGGAGCUUUGCCGCUGCGCCUAUGAGACUCAGAAUCUCCAGCUUGCGGAGACUUUGGCGUCAAGAUCCCGCUUUGAGCUGCGCAAUAUCAGACUAACACUCAUGGAUAUGGAGGCUCUGACUUUCGUUAUUUCAGCUGCUGGGCAGGGCGUUGGCCUCGACUUUGGCGGCUGCUCUAUGGAGCUGGAGUGUCUGGAGGUCCUGGCCAGCUCUGGGAACAUUUCUUAUCUCAUUUUUCGGAGCCGAAAAUAUGAAGACAGGUUUGCUGAGGUGCUGUCUGGAAUCCUUCCGAGACUGACAAGCCUGAGGAGACUUGAGUUCAUCAGUGGGAACCUGACUGAUGCAGGAGCCUCAAAGCUGGCCAUUGCUCUAGGGAACUGCCCUGGGAUUGCUGAGCUCAACCUCAGUGACAACAUGCUGAUGAACCACGGGAUCUCUAAGAUUGCCGACGUCUUACCUAAGAUGACAUCCCUCACCACAGUUCACCUUGGGAAAAAUGGAGUCUCCCUGGAUGGUGUUCUUUAUGUGGUAGAAAAGAUGACCUCAUGUCCUAAUAUACAGAGGAUCCAUGUAGUUGGAAACAAAGAAAUUAAGGAAAUUAAAUUAUCCUUGUCUCAAGACCCAGAUGCACAGAGUGUUGAGGAUGCCCCGGGCCGCAUUGUCAGCUUUCUGAACUGCACAUUUACACCAGAUGAGAUGCAAAAGCUGUGUCUGAUCUUGGCAAGAUGUUUUGGACUCUCUGUCAUUGAUUUGUCUGGAGCAGUGAUGAAGGAUGAUGCCCUGCAGGUUUUGGUUGACUGGCUGCCGCAGCUCAGUGUCUCCAAAGAAGUCGUUAUGAAUUCCACCUUUCUGACAAUGAACGGGCUGUCAAUUUUGAGCCGUUCAGUGACUAACUAUCCUGCUGUGGCCGAGGUGAACAUCAGGCGUCAAGAUCCCACCAAGGUGUCAGUUAUAUUUAGCACAGAAACACAAAACCAGACUUUGGGUGAGAAGACACCAAAGCAAGAUUUAGUACAGUCCAAGAGACUUAGGCUGUCAGAGUGUGAUCUACGUUCUUCCCAUGUAGAUAAAUUGUAUGAGACCCUGAGAUGCUGUCAGGGCCUGACCUUUCUGGACCUGUCCAGUAAUGCUCUGGGGAAUCAGGGCUUGAAGAAGCUUAUGGAUCUCUUACCCCAUCUCACAGCUGUCCAGGAAAUAAAUGUCAGUGAGAAUGGUGUCACCAUGCCGGGGGUCCUUGCGGUGGCUGAAGCCUUCAGGAGCCUCAGGAGCAUGAGAGCUGUGGACAUCACAAACAUUCAUCAACACAAGACUUCUAGAUGCCACGAAGAGAAGCAGAGACUCAUCAUGAAGUUUGGAGUCAAUAAAAGCAAACCCCUAAGGAACGUAAUGCAUUCCACCCAAAAACCUGAAAAUGGGUUCCUCCUAUACAAGAAAUUCAGUCUUCGGUGCUCUUGUAUCCUUCCUAACAACAUGGAUGAACUCUGCAGGAGACUGUCAGCAUGCUCAAGCUUAGUGCAGCUAGACUUCAGUGGUGGUUCCCUGGAGCAAAGGUCCAUACUGAAUGUUCUGACGCACCUGCCUCAGAUGACUACACUGAAGCUGCUAAAUUUGUCUGAUAAUAAGCUGAGAGACGAUGGUGUAAAACCCUUUGCACAGUUUGACAGAGAACAUCGGGCUUCUACCUUGGUGAGUCUCAACCAUAAUAAAAUUACCCUUGAUGGAGCUUUGUACCUGGCGAUCGGCAUGACCACAUGUGCACAUUUGCACAGAGUUGAAGUAAGUCUGGGUGAGGAAGACAGAGCUGUUGUUCAUCUUGCUCCAGAUCACAGUUGUGACAAAUCCCUGAGCCUUAGAAAUUGCAAAUUUGAGGUUACCCACCUCCAGAUGCUGGCUGGAAUUCUACACUCCUGCCGCCAGCUGGUGGAGCUGGACCUGUCCUGUAACGACCUGCCAGCUGGAGCCAUGGAAACCCUGCAGAAAACACUGAGUUCACUGAAUGCACUGAGAAGACUGGAGAUCCGAAACUGUGGGUUGAGUCAGCGGGAUAUUGAGGCCCUGCUACUGGAGGAGUUGGAUUGUAGUGAAAGGCAACUGGAAAUCAGGGUGGAGGAGCCGUGGGUCAUGGGGCAAGCAGCUGUCAGCCUCAUUUCCUUUUGUCUUGACCUCACCUCCAACAUACAGCAAAUCAGGGUGAAUGGAACUACUGUAAACAUCACACUGGGGACAAGAUAUGCACAAGGAAAGCUUUGUUCAGACACACUAAUGCCAAGAAUGGGCAAUGGAAAACUGGCCUCUGCUGUGAAAUGCAUUGGGCUGGUGAACUGCUCUCUCCAAGGUCAGCACCUCGCAUUCCUGCACCGCAUGAGGCAGCGAUGUGCCCAGCUUGUGGAGCUAGAUUUGUCCCAGAAUGAUAUUGAUAUAGAAGGGGCAGAGAUUCUGUCAUCCCUUCUUCCUGAUUUGCAGAAUCUCAGAAAGCUCAGGCUUGAGUACAAAGAGGCUGUGCAAGGUCAAGUUCGGAUCCUAACCAUUGGCUUGUCUAAGUCUGCCAGCUUGGAGGAUCUAAGCUUGGCUCACCAUGUGAUUGAUGACGACUCAGCUGCUGCCUUGGCAACAACACUACCAGGACUGCCACGACUCCGGGCCAUCAAUCUAUCACAUUGCUCAAACUUGACCACUGUUGGAGCACGCCACCUUGUAACUGGACUGACCAACUGCCGCUUUGUAGAAGACGUCAGCUUGAAGGGCCUGCAGCUAGAGGAAGAGGCUCUGGUACAUCUGGCUUCUGAGCUCCCAAAUAUAGCCUCUGUUAGACGACUCAUCCUGAGUAAGAUCACCGUGGCAACAGGCAGCACUGAUUCAGCAAGCGGAGCUGUUUUACUCCUGCUGAGGUCUUUGGAGCAUUUUAGGAGGAUUGAGGAGAUUGAGUUGGAUGAGAUGUGGUUGGGGGACAGAGGAAUACAGGAGCUUGCCAAACAUCUGCCUAAAUGGACAGGGCUGCGGCGGAUCAGCUUGUGCGAGAACAACAUUGCGGAUGGAGGAGGGGAGAAGCUGCUGGUGGCGCUGACACACUGCACAGCCCUGGAGGAGAUCAUUCUGUCCAGAAACAUCCUGGGAGGUGCAAGUGCCACUCGUCUGGGCGAAGUUCUGCCUUCGAUGACUUGCCUCAGAGUCCUGAAUCUUCAGCAUAACCAAAUCCAGCCAGCAGGAGGCACCGCUCUGGUAACUUCCUUUCAAGCUUGUGGAAGUCUGACAGACAUUAAUUUGUCUGGAAAUCCGCUUGGGACAGAAGGUGCCGCAGCCUUGUCCUCCAUGCUGCCCCACAUGCCGUCAUUAAGGAAAUUACAUCUGGUUUCUGUUCACACUACAGAGCUCAGCAGCAUAACUGCUUGCCUGGAAAACUGUGCCUGUGCAGAGGAUAUCAGCUUGGCAUGGAACAGCGUUGGGGAUGAUGUGGCCCUGAAGCUAGCUGAGGUCCUACCCAUCUGCCAGAAGCUGAAGAGAGUAGAUUUGGAGUCUAAUAAGAUCAGUGUGGCUGGAGCAGAGGCACUGGCUGCCAGCUUACAGUCCUCCUCGUCCAUCCAAGUGAUCCGGCUGUGGAAAAACAACAUCUCCAGGGAAGAUGCACUGAGGCUAAGUGCAAAGGAACCACGGCUCAACUUUUCGCCAACAUUACUUUGAACAUUUGAACCGUGUAUGUCUGGCAUAGCAUGAAAGUACAAAGAGCACAAUUUUUGAACAUUACUUGACUAAAUUUAAUAUUGCACUGAGUAGUAAUGACCACUGAAAGUCAGAGGGGAUGCUGGAAUUUGUUAUCUUGCCUUUUCAAUGGAGAACACGUAUACUUGAAAACAUACUCCACCACAAUGCAAACAGACAGUCUUAUUAAGCUGGGGAAGGGAGGAGUUUGUAGACAGGCAUUUAGACACGAAUCACUGUCAUAUAUAAAUGAUGGUUUUGAAAUGUCUACUGAAUAUAAUGUCUUUGGUUUGGGCUCAUAAACAAGUUGAAACACCUCAUAUAUUUUUGAAGAAGUUUGCAUUAGCUAACUAUUUCAGGUUAAUUGGUGUAUGAUGUCUUAGAUAAAGACUUUUAGUGUCUGCAGCUUUAAGUUACACGCGAUUGAAGCUCCUCCCUCACUUCCUAGAUCUGCACAUUGUGUUCUCCAUCAUUUUUCGUAUUUAUUGCAGGUGAUCUUUUCAGAAAAUGCUUCUUGUUAUAUUAAAUUGUCACCUUUUGUGAAGCUCA